AUGGGUCCACUGUGUCCAGGCCCAGUGCAUGGACCAUGGCACGGCUGGGAGCACGGUCCAGUGUACGGCCGGGAGCACGGUCUAGUGUACGGCCGGGAGCACGGUCCAGUGUACGGCCGGGAGCACGGUCCAGUGUACGGCCGGGAGCACGGUCCAGUGUACGGCCGGGAGCACGGUCCAGUGUACGGCCGGGAGCACGGUCCAGUGUACGGCUGUGAGCACGGUCCAGUGUACGGCCGGGAGCACGGUCCAGUGUACGGCCGGGAGCACGGUCCAGUGUACGGCUGGGAGCACGGUCCAGUGUACGGCCGGGAGCACGGUCUAGUGUACGGCUGUGAGCACGGUCCAGUGUACGGCCGGGAGCACGGUCCAGUGUACGGCUGUGAGCACGGUCCAGUGUACGGCCGGGAGCACGGUCCAGUGUACGGCUGUGAGCACGGUCCAGUGUACGGCUGUGAGCACGGUCCAAUGUACGGCUGUGAGCACGGUCCAGUGUACGGCCGGGAGCACGGUCCAGUGUACGGCCGGGAGCACGGUCCAGUGUACGGCCGGGAGCACGGUCCAGUGUACGGCCGGGAGCACGGUCCAGUGUACGGCUGUGAGCACGGUCCAGUGUACGGCCGGGAGCACGGUUCAGUGUACGGCCGGGAGCACGGUCCAGUGUACGGCCGGGAGCACGAUCCAGUGUACGGCCGGGAGCACGGUCCAGUGUACGGCUGUGAGCACGGGCCAGUGUACGGCUGUGAGCACGGUCCAAUGUACGGCUGUGAGCACGGUCCAGUGUACGGCUGUGAGCACGGUCCAAUGUACGGCUGUGAGCACGGUCCAGUGUACGGCUGUGAGCACGGUCCAAUGUACGGCUGUGAGCACGGUCCAGUGUACGGCUGUGAGCACGGUCCAGUGUACGGCCGGGAGCACGGUCCAAUGUACGGCCGGGAGCACGGUCCAGUGCACGGCCGGGAGCACGGUCCAGUGUACGGCCGGGAGCACGGUCCAAUGUACGGCCGGGAGCACGGUCCAGUGUACGGCCGGGAGCACGGUCCAGUGUACGGCCGGGAGCACGGUCCAGUGUACGGCUGUGAGCACGGUCCAGUGCACGGCCGGGAGCACGGUCCAGUGUACGGCCGGGAGCACGGUCCAGUGCACGGCCGGGAGCACGGUCCAGUGUACGGCUGUGAGCACGGUCCAAUGUACGGCCGGGAGCACGGUCCAGUGUACGGCCGGGAGCACGGUCCAGUGCACGGCCGGGAGCACGGUCCAGUGUACGGCCGUGAGCACGGUCCAGUGUACGGCCGGGAGCACGGUCCAGGGUACGGCCGUGAGCAUGGUGAAAGCACGGUUCAUCAGGCACUUUCAGCCCAGCCUGAUGUUCGUCUGGCCUUCUGGAGGCUAGAUGAUGGCCUCCCAGCUGUGCACUCCACACUCUCCUACCCUCUGACCUCCAGACUGUGA